CGGGGCGGGCGCGGCGCGGCGCGGGGCGCCUGGAAGGGCACCCGCGAGGGGCGCGGGCGCAGCCGGAAGCUGGGGCGGGGCGCCCGCGCGGGAUGCGGUGAAGGGCGAGCGGCGCGGCAGCGGCGAUGAGUGCCUCGGCGGCCACGGGGGUCUUCGUGCUGUCCCUCUCGGCCAUCCCAGUCACCUAUGUCUUCAACCACCUGGCUGCCCAACACGAUUCCUGGACAAUUGUGGGGGCUGCUGCCGUAGUCCUGCUCCUGGUGGCCCUGCUGGCUCGUGUCCUGGUCAAAAGAAAACCCCCUCGGGACCCACUGUUCUAUGUGUACGCGGUGUUCGGAUUUACCAGCGUCGUAAACCUCAUCAUAGGACUGGAGCAAGAUGGGAUCAUCGACGGGUUCAUGACGCAUUACCUGAGAGAGGGUGAACCGUAUCUGAACACGGCCUAUGGACAUAUGAUCUGCUACUGGGACGGCUCUGCUCAUUAUCUGAUGUAUCUGGUGAUGGUGGCAGCCAUAGCCUGGGAGGAAAGUUAUAGAACCAUUGGCCUAUAUUGGGUCGGAUCUAUUAUUAUGAGCAUUGUUGUUUUUGUGCCAGGAAACAUUGUAGGGAAGUAUGGAACACGUAUUUGCCCUGCCUUUUUCUUAAGCAUACCAUAUACUUGUCUUCCUGUCUGGGCUGGUUUCAGAAUCUAUAAUCAGCCAUCAGAAAAUUAUAAUUAUCCCUCAAAGGUCAUUCAAGAGGUCCAAGCAAAAGACCUGCUGAGAAGACCUUUUGAUUUAAUGUUGGUUUUGUGUCUCCUUCUGGCGACUGGAUUUUGCGUGUUUAGAGGCUUGAUUGCCUUGGAUUGCCCAGCUGAGCUCUGCCGAUUAUAUACACAAUUUCAGGAGCCGUACCUAAAGGAUCCUGCUGCUUAUCCUAAAAUCCAGAUGCUGGCGUAUCUGUUCUAUUCCGUCCCUUACUUUGUGAUCGCGCUUUAUGGCUUGGUGGUUCCCGGAUGCUUCUGGAUGCCCGAUAUAACCCUGAUACAUGCUGGAGGUCUAGCUCAGGCUCAGUUUUCUCACAUCGGUGCUUCUCUUCAUGCUAGAACUGCUUAUGUCUACAGAGUCCCUGAAGAAGCGAAAAUCAUUUUUUUAGCCUUGAACAUAGCAUAUGGAGUUCUUCCCCAGCUCCUGGCCUAUCGCUGUAUCUACAGACCCGAAUUCUUCAUAAAAACAAAGGCAGAUGAAAAAGUUGAAUAAAAACAUUGUUUUAUGUUCUUUCUCUCCAGAUGACUGACUUUUGCUAUCUUGGUACCUAUAUGUGGUCCCAUUCUUCUCGUACAGGAACAUUUAUGAAUAUAUCAAUUCUUGCUCUGUACUCUGUACCAUAGGAAUUAUGUGGGUAAAUCUUUUUUUGAAGGAAAGUUGAAGUUAUUCAGAAAGUCUGUUUAAAGAGAUACAUUUCAAGGUAUUUGUGAAUAAACAACCACCUAUCUCAAUAUUCUGUUUGCAUAUAUUAAAUAUAAGUGUGAAAAAUUACAAUUUAGCUCCUCUAAUAAUGAACAUGAAAAGGAAACUAUUUGAAAGUGAAAAUGGCCUAUGCAUAUUAAAAAUUUCAAACCAGCAAAUACAGAUUGGAGAAAUAUUUUUGCAUAUAAGAUGUAUAUGCUUUAUGAUCAACCUCAUUAUAAAAGACAAAUUAUCCGAACAUUUAAAAAUGUUGUUUGAAAAGUGUUUUCCCAAGGAAAGUGAAUUAUUCACUGUUGUUUCAAAAACUGCUUUCACUGAAAAUUUUUUUUUUUCCAUUUCACUGAAAUUUUUUAUUGAGUAUAAACAGCUAAGAAGGGAUCUAUAACUUUAUUAUUACCUUUAUUUUACUGGUGACUGGAAAUAUUUCUAUUGUGUUUCUGUGUAUAUUUUUAAUAAAUUAUUUUUAGCCUUUUAUGAAGACAAAUCUUAUUAAAUUUGAAACAUUUUGUGUAUUUUCUUUUUCAGAAAAAGUUCUGUGGUCUUUAGCUUUUCUGUUUUGAAAAUCUGUCAGUUAUAUGUUCCAAUUCGAAAUGUCAUCUACGUUCUCCUUAUGUUUUAGUGUGAGUGAUGAAGAGGACUUUUGAUGAAUUAAUUAAAUUUCCUUGAUUUUAAAUUAAAAUAUUCAAAAUUAAAAGGUACCUUGUAAGGACAAAGAACUGGAUUGGCAUUCCUACUGUCUUUUAAAUGAACUGUUCAUCAUGUGGAAGCGUGAGUCGAGUAUAAUAGAGGAAAAUCAGUAUUUGCUAAAUGAGAGAAACAAACCCAAAACACAGCCGCCUCCUCAGUGCCCAGGAGUGGUAAGUGGAUCCAUACUCUUAUGCCCUCAGGUGCCAUCAUCACCACUCCCAUCAUCACCAGCAUCAUCACUAAUAGCCCUAAGCUUUCAGAGCUACUCACAUUUUUUCUUUCAUGCUAUUUACUAGCUCGUCACCAAAAUAAGAAAACCUAAAAGAAAACGGGGUCUAGAUCAGUGCAUGGAUAAUGUCCAGUGUGAAUUUAGGGGUCCACUGAACUGGUAAGUAACAUAGAUAUGCAAGCAGUCAUGUAGCCAGUUCCUCUCCCUACCCCCCAGUGUUAAAAAAAAACAAAUACAAGCCCUAAAACCCAGAGUGUUUUAAAAAAAGAAAAAGCCUCACCUGCACUUGAUUCUCUUAUCAGCUUGCUGUUAACAAUUUUUGCUUUAAUAUAUGAAUUACAUUAAUACCUCACAUUACAUAUACGAAGCCAAAUUACACUAACUUAGUUGUUUACAACCUCAACUCUUACUCCCAGUACACAUUCCAAUAAAUUUAUUCUGUAAAAACAAUACAUUUUUUUGUUUUUGAUUUUUUUUUUACAGUAAACUUUUCAACUACAAACCUCGAAUACGCGAAAGAUGUUCCAAGGACAAGCAUAACAGGAUUGAUAAAACCCAAACUGACUAAAUGUGUUCUCACAAUAUAAGUUGGCAUAAAAAUAAAUAAAAUUUUCUAUUA